AUGCUAGCUGUUGUUCCAGCCAAUGUGGAUAUUGCCACGCAAGAGAUCAUAGAAAUGGCCAGGGAACUGGACUCCGACGGAUUAAGGACGUUACGAAUCCUCACAAAACCCGAUUUAGUGGAUAAAGGAGCAGAGGAAAAGAUCAUUGACAUGGUCGAAGGGGAACAAGAGUCGCAAGAAUUAGGCUGGGUGGUAGUAAGGAACCUCGGUCAGAAGGACCUUCAAGACUCUUCAAAGAACCGUGACAUUGAAGAACAGAUUUUCAGCCAUUCACCACCUUGGAACCGCCUCUCAAAAGAUAAUUUUGGGAUCGAGGCCCUGAGGGCCCGAUUGCAAGCACUUUUAGCCUCCAACGUGCGGCGAGAAUUUCCCUCGGCAAGUACUACCCUGAUGCAUAAUGUGCGAUCUGAAGUUUCUAAACGCCUCAAAGCAUGCAAGAAGGCUUUGGAGAGCAUGGGAGACGAGCGUGAAUCAACUGAACAACAGAGUAAAUACUUACUUGAGAUUGUGUCAAAAUUCAAGCAAAUCACUGAAAAUGCCCUGCAAACAAACUAUGGAUCACAAGACGCUUUUGAUGAUGAGCCUGACUUACGCUUGGCAACCGUGGUUGCUAACCGCAAUGCUCUAUUUUCAGAUGAAAUCUCUACUAGGGGUCACACUUUUGCCUUCAUGUCACAUAAUCAUGACGACGAUUCGGACACUCCACGUUCAGGUGAAGCAGUUUCACCGACGAGCUCUGUCCGCGCGCAGACAGGUCACCUGGAUGAUGACGACGAUGACGAAGACGAACGCAAUUCAAUUCCCAGCAGAAAAGUCAAGAGUUGCAGUGAUAUUGAGGACAUAUUACACGACUGCAUUUCUAUUCAGGACUCUCAAACAAAGGGUAUUCUCGCUUGGAUCGAGAAAAUCUAUCGGCAAUCUCGUGGAUUUGAGAUCGGGACAUUUAACUCAUCGAUACUCUCGAGCGUCUUCAAGAAACAGUCCUCAAAAUGGCCAUUACUGGCCGAGGGUUACGUUUGUGAUAUCAUAUCCAUGGUCCAUAACUUUAUCAAAAAGGCAUUGGUCGUUUCCUGUGCAGAUAGAGCACUGAGUCAAACUAUCCUGUUAUUCUUGCUGGAUGAUCUUAUCGAAAAAUAUCGACAAGCUCUUUCAACGACGAACUUUCUUCUAAGAAUAGAAAGAGAAGGUACGCCAAUGACACAGAAUCAUUACUUGAAUAGCAACUUGCAAAAAUGUCGGCAGGAACGCAUUUCCUCUGAAGCGAAGAAGUCAUGUUUUUCAGUGAAAUAUGAGAAUGGUUCAGCAGUGGAGUGUGUUAAGCUUGCAGAUUUGACCCAAAUCCAUCAUACGAACAACUUGCAACAUACUGUUGAAGACAUCCACGACAUACUAAAAUCGUACUACAAGGUUGCUCGGAAAAGGUUCAUUGACAACGUAUGCAUGCAAGCAGCGGACUUCUAUCUUGUCACUGGACCAGAAGCUCCAAUGAAUUUGUUUUCCCCCUCUUGGGUCUACACACUGUCACCCGAGCAGUUGGAAAAUAUUGCUGGAGAGGAGGCAUCUGUGCGAAGAAAACGGAAACAAUUGAAGAGACAGAUCAGGGAUCUUGAAAUCGGCAGAAAAAUUCUGCUUUGAUAUACAUCAAAAUCUGCAAAAGAAUAAGCAAUUGCACGCAAGCAAAACCGAG